GUCUUUCUCUCUCUUCCAUGUCUCUCUCAGUGUGUGAUCAACGAGCGUCUCACGGAUCGGAUCUACGCUUUUAUAAAUAAAAAAGAAAAAAGAAAAACGAACGCGAUCAACGCGGCUUUCUCUCAAUUGACUCGCAAGAUGGAAAAAAGAACUGUGAAGAAAUUUAGCUUUUUUAGGGUUUCGAUUAUUCUAUUUUGAUGCAUUUGUGGGUUGCGACCUGAAAUUAUGGCACAGAGAGUUUUCUGUAUUUGAAUAUUAUUUUGUGGCUUAUUAUUUGGAUAAUUAGCAGUGGAAGAAGUCGAGAAACUACGAAAAUGGCAGCUUCGCCUGUCAAGUUUCUCUUCGGUUUCUUGUCGCUUUCCGUCACUUUGUGGUUGCUCUUCAUUUUUGCUUCUAGGUUGAUGGCUUGGAUUUUGAGCCGGAUCUUGGGGGCAUCUGUUGGAUUUCGAGUUGGGGGAUGGAAAUGUUUGAGGGAUGUUGUGGUGAAGUUUAGAAAGGGUCCUGUUGAGUCUAUAUCAGUUGGUGAGGUUAGACUUAGCAUACGUCAGUCUUUGGUCAAACUCGGGGUGGGUUUCAUUUCCAGGGAUCCCAAGCUACAAGUAUUAAUAUGUGACCUGGAGAUUGUAAUGAGGCCUUCUAGUAGAGGCACACAGAAAACAAAAACUCAGAGACCCCGACCGCGCACUUCAGGCAGGGGAAAAUGGAUGGUCUUAGCUAACGUCGCAAGAUUUUUGUCAGUUUCUGUGACAGAUUUGGCUGUGAAGACACCCAAAGCUACAAUUGAUGUCAAGGAACUGAGAUUAGAUAUAUCCAAAGAUGGGGGAUCCAAGCCAAAUCUGUAUGUCAAGCUUAACAUAUCACCUGUUCUUAUCCACAUGGGUGAACCACGCAUCAUUUCUGACCAAAUGCCUAACUUCAACAAUGGAGGAUGUAUUUCUUCAGGAGAGGUGGCAUUUGGUAAUAUGGACAGGUCUUCUGCUGCUUUUUUCUGCGAAGAGCUCUCUCUCUCUUGUGAAUUUAAUCAUGAUAGAGAAGUAGGUGUAAUAAUCCAGAAUGUGGACAUUAACAGUGGAGAGGUCACUGUUAAUCUCAAUGAGGAACUGCUUUCAAGAAAAAAGAGUUCAUCCGAUGCCUUUGCUCAUACGGAUAAAGAGUUGGUUGCUGAUUCUUCAGUCUCUAAAAAUCAACAGAACAAACAAUCAAAACUUGUAGCAAUUACAAAGUAUGCUUCCAUGUUUCCAGAAAAGGUUUUCUUCACUUUACCGAAACUGGAUGUUAGGUUUGUGCAUCAAGAACAUGAUCUUGUUGUUGAGAAUAAUAUAAUGGGCAUUCAAUUAAGGAGCAUCAAAUCACGAUCCGCUGAAGAUGUGGGAGAGAGUACACUAAUUGAAGUUCAAAUGGAUUUCAGUGAGAUUCAUCUUCUUAGAGAAGCUGGCACUUCUGUCUUGGAGAUAUUGAAAGUCGACGUGGUCUCAUCUGUCUACAUUCCUAUACAGCCAAUCUCACCAGUUAGAGCAGAAGUUGAUGUUAAGCUCGGAGGUACACAGUGCAACAUCAUAAUGAGCAGAUUAAAGCCGUGGCUGCGCCUCCACCACUCAAAGAAGAAAAAAAUGGUGCUUCGAGAGGAAACAUCUACUCCAGUUAGGUCUCCGACCACUGAAUCCAAAGUCAUCAUGUGGACAUGUACUGUCUCUGCUCCUGAGAUGACUAUUGUGCUUUAUAGUAUCAAUGGUUUGCCUCUGUAUCAAGGCUGCUCCCAAUCAUCACAUGUGUUUGCAAAUAACAUAUCAAGCAUGGGAACUGCAGUGCAUAUGGAACUUGGUGAAUUAAACUUGCACAUGGCAGAUGAAUAUCAAGAAUGCUUGAAGGAAAGCCCAUUUGGUAUGGAAUCAAAUUCAGGUGCCUUAAUGCACAUAGCAAAGGUUAGUUUGGAUUGGGGCAAGAAAGACAUUGAAUCAUCGGAAGAAGAUGGUUCUAGAUGUAAAUUGGUCCUUAAUGUUGAUGUCACUGGAAUGGGUAUUUAUUUGAAUUUUAAGCGUGUAGAAUCACUUAUAACAACUGGCAUUUCCUUUCAAGCUCUCUUGAAAAGUCUUUCAGCUUCUGGUAAAAGAACAGCACAGAGCCGAGGUGGUCGGUCAUCUAAACCAUCAGGGAAAGGGACUCGAUUCUUGAAAUUCAAUCUGGAACGCUGUUCUGUAAACUUUUGUGGUGACACAAGCUUGGAAAACACAGUUGUUCUGGAUCCCAAGCGUGUCAAUUAUGGAUCACAGGGUGGUCAGGUAAUAAUCAGUGUUUUGGAUGAUGGCACUCCUCGUACUGCAAGUAUAAUGUCCAGUGUUUCUGAUGAGUGCAAGAAGUUGAAGUAUUCUGUUUCUCUUGAUAUUUUCCAUUUUACUCUGUGUAUGAAUAAGGAGAAACAGUCCACAGAGAUGGAACUUGAAAGAGCAAGGUCUAUGUAUCAGGAAUAUUUGGAGGAACGCAGUCUUGAUACAAAGGUUACAGUGUUUGACAUGCAGAAUGCAAAAUUUGUACAGCGUUCUGGUGGUCUUAAAGGAAUUGCCAUCUGCUCUCUCUUCAGUGCUACUGAUAUUAAAGUCAGGUGGGAGCCUGAUGUACAUCUGUCAUUAAUUGAACUAGUUCUGCAAUUGAGGUUGCUUGUACACCAUCAGAAGCUCCAGGUUUAUGGUAAUGAAUCCAAGGAAGAUGCCUCUAACAUGAAAGACACUGAUCAGAAAAAAGAAGCCCCUUCAGCACCAGAACAUUUAGAUAAGCAUAAGAAAAGGGAAUCCAUUUUUGCUGUUGAUGUGGAAAUGCUCACCAUAUCUGGUGAGGUUGGAGAUGGGGUUGAAGCAGUGGUUCAGGUUCAGUCAAUUUUCUCUGAGAAUGCCUGUAUAGGAUUGCUUCUUGAAGGGCUUCUUCUCAGUUUCAAUGGGUCUAGAGUGUUGAAAAGCAGCAGAAUGCAAAUUUCCCGUAUCCCUAGCACUCCCAGUAGCUUGUCUGAUGCAAAAAUACCAGCCUCCGUGACAUGGGAUUGGGUGAUUCAAGGGCUUGAUGUUCAUAUCUGCCUGCCAUACAGGUUGCAGUUGCGCGCCAUUGAUGAUUCCAUUGAGGAUAUGUGGCGGGGUUUGAAGCUUAUAACUGCUGCUAAAACUGCACUGAUAUUUCCCAUGAAGAAAGAAACCUCAAAGCCCAAAAGGUCCAGUUCAGCAAAAUUUGGAAGUGUAAAAUUUUUUAUACGCAAGCUAACAGCUGAUAUUGAGGAAGAACCAAUGCAGGGUUGGCUUGAUGAACACUAUCAGCUGAUGAAGAACGAGGCUUCUGAGCUUGCUGUCAGGUUGAAAUUCUUUGAUGAAUUUAUUUCCAAAGCGAGCCAUUGUCCUAAAGUUGCUGAAACAGUUGAUUCUAGUCAAGAAAGAAAGGUUAUGUAUAAUGGAGUUGAGAUUGAUCUGCAAAACCCAUCAAAUAUUCAGGAAUUGCGAGAAGGUAUAUAUAAACAGUCAUUUAGAUCGUAUUACAAUGCCUGUCAAAAGCUAGUAACAUCAGAAGGUUCGGGUGCCUGUGUGGAAGGAUUUCAGACUGGUUUCAAGCCCAGCACUGCUAGAAUAUCUCUUCUUUCUAUUUCUGCUACAGAGUUAGAAGUAAGUUUAACAAGAAUUGAUGGUGGAGAUGCUGGGAUGAUAGAGGUUCUGAAGAAACUUGAUCCUGUUUGUUGCGAGAAUGACAUACCAUUUUCUCGACUUUAUGGGAGUAAUAUUUUCUUGCGUACAGGGAAUCUGGCUGUUCAGUUAAGAAAUUACACAUUUCCUCUUUUUGCUGCUACUUCUGGUAAAUGUGAAGGUUGCGUUGUGCUAGCUCAGCAGGCAACAAGUUUUCAGCCCCAAAUUUACCAAGAUGUCUUUAUUGGGAGAUGGAGAAAGGUGCGCAUGCUUCGUUCCGCUAGUGGCACGACUCCUCCAGUUAAAUCGUACUUUGAUUUACCUUUACAUUUUCAAAAAGGAGAAGUGUCUUUUGGAGUGGGUUAUGAACCAUCUUUUGCUGAUGUGAGCUAUGCUUUUAUGGUGGCUCUUCGUAGAGCUAAUCUAAGUGUUAGGAAUUCUGAUGCUCCACAAGUUCAACCACCAAAAAAGGAGCGUAGCUUACCAUGGUGGGAUGAUAUGAGAAACUAUAUUCACGGAAAUAUCACUUUAUUCUUCUCUGAAACUAGAUGGCACGUUCUUGCAACAACUGAUCCUUAUGAAAAGCUUGACCAACUUCAGUUUGUAUCUGGUUUGAUGAAGAUCCAGCAAUCAGAUGGUCGUGUUUAUGUGUCUGCACAGGAUUUUAAGAUUUUAAUUAGCAGUUUGGAGAAACUGGCAAGCGGCUGUGGCUUAAAACUCCCUUCUGGUGCAUCUGGUGCCUUACUUGAAGCCCCGGUCUUUACUCUUGAAGUCACAAUGGAUUGGGAAUGUGAUUCUGGAACUCCACUGAAUCAUUACUUGUACGCACUUCCAAUUGAAGGGAAGCCUCGAGAAAAAGUUUUUGAUCCAUUCAGGUCUACAUCUCUGUCCCUCCGAUGGAACUUCUCUUUUAGGCCCUCCCCUCCCUCGUGUGAGAGUCAAUUGCCUUCUUCCUCUUCAGUAGAUAGCAAAGUUGUAAAUGGAACUGUCUAUGAUCUACCUUACAAGCCAGAAAAUGUUUCAACAGUUUCCCCAACUUUGAAUAUUGGUGCACAUGAUUUAGCGUGGCUGAUUAAGUUCUGGAACAUGAAUUAUCUCCCUCCACACAAAUUACGUUCCUUCUCCCGAUGGCCUCGCUUUGGAAUUGCAAGAGCUAUCAGAUCAGGCAAUUUAUCAUUAGACAAGGUGAUGACAGAAUUUUUUCUCCGCAUUGAUGCUACACCUACUUGUAUAAAACACAUGCCUUUAGAUGUUGAUGAUCCGGCAAAAGGACUUACAUUUAACAUGACGAAGAUGAAAUAUGAACUCUGUUAUAGCCGGGGUAAGCAGAUGUUCACUUUUGAAUGCAAGCGUGAUCCUCUUGAUCUUGUUUACCAAGGUCUCGACCUUUACAUGCCCAAGGCUAUCUUAGAUAAAGUGGACUCUAACAGUGUGCCAAAAGCAGUUCAAAUGACCAGGAAUAAUUCUCAAUCCUCAGCUGUUAAUAGAAUUCCCAGUGAGAAACGCAAUAAUAUGGGUGGUUGCACUGAGAAGCACCGUGAUGAUGGAUUUCUUUUGUCGUGUGAUUAUUUUACAAUCAGAAGGCAGUCGCGAAAGGCUGAUGCUGACAGGUUAUCAGCAUGGCAAGAGGCUGGGAGAAGAAACCUUGAGAUGACAUACGUGAGGUCUGAGUUUGAAAAUGGGAGUGAGAGUGAUGAUCACACAAGAUCUGAUCCAAGUGAUGAUGAUGGAUACAAUGUAGUAAUAGCUGACAACUGCCAGCAAGUUUUUGUUUAUGGCCUCAAGCUUUUAUGGACUAUUGAGAAUAGGGAUGCUGUUUGGUCCUGGGUUGGCGGAAUAUCCAAAGCAUUUGAACCCCCUAAGCCUUCUCCUUCUCGACAGAAUGCGAGGAAAUUGCAUGAAGAGAACCAGUUAGAUCCCAAAUCUGAGGUGCUUCAAGAUGAUAUCUCCAAUCUCCCUUCUAUCAGUCAUAAAGUAGAUACCCCUUCUCAUCAUGUGGAGACCUCAGGAACUCUUUCAUCUCCAUCACAUUCAGCUAAAGUAAAGAAUUCGUCAUUUCCUUCAAUUGUGACAAAUGGAAGUAUUGAUGAUUCUGAGGAAGAAGGGACUCGUCAUUUCAUGGUGAAUGUUAUGGAGCCACAAUUCAAUCUUCAUUCAGAAGAAGCCAAUGGUAGAUUCUUGCUUGCUGCCGUUUCUGGUCGUGUUUUAGCUCGAUCAUUUAAUUCUAUUCUUCAUGUUGGAUAUGAGAUUAUUGAACAAGGAAUGGUCAAUGGAAAUGUACAACAAAUUCCUGAACAUGUACCUGAAAUGACAUGGAAGCGCAUGGAGUUCUCUGUAAUGUUGGAGCAUGUACAGGCUCAUGUUGCACCAACUGAUGUUGAUCCAGGGGCUGGAUUGCAGUGGCUUCCAAAAAUUCUUAGAAGCUCUCCAAAAGUAAAGCGUACUGGUGCUCUACUUGAAAGAGUGUUUAUGCCUUGUGAUAUGUACUUUCGGUACACAAGACACAAAGGCGGUACUCCAGACUUGAAGGUCAAGCCUCUAAAAGAGCUUACAUUCAAUUCUCAUAAUAUAAUGGCAACAAUGACAUCCCGGCAGUUUCAGGUUAUGCUGGAUGUGUUGACUAAUCUUCUCUUUGCACGGCUCCCCAAGCCUAGAAAAAGCAGCCUGUCAUAUCCUGCUGAAGAUGAUGGAGAUGUUGAAGAGGAGGCAGAUGAGGUGGUUCCUGAUGGUGUUGAAGAGGUAGAACUUGCGAAAAUCAACCUUGAACAGAAAGAGCGGGAGCAUAAGUUGAUUCUUAAUGACAUCAGGAAAUUGUCUCUAUUUAGCGAUACUUCUGGAGACCCGCUUUCAAGAAAGGAAGCUGACUUGUGGAUGGUCACUGGUGGAAGAUACUCUCUGGUGCAAGGACUAAAGAGAGAGCUUGUAAGUGCAAAGAAGUCUAGGAAGGAGGCAUCUGUAUCUCUAAGGAUGGCUCUGCAGAAAGCUGCUCAGUUACGACUGAUGGAGAAGGAGAAAAACAAAAGUCCAUCCUAUGCCAUGCGUAUAUCUUUGAAAAUUAAUAAAGUUGUUUGGAGCAUGCUUGUAGAUGGUAAAACUUUUGCAGAGGCUGAGAUAAAUGACAUGAUAUUUGAUUUUGACCGGGAUUACAAGGAUGUUGGGGUUGCUUUGUUUACAACAAAGUAUUUUGUCGUGAGAAACUGCUUGUCUAAUGCCAAGUGUGAUAUGGUGUUGUCACCAUGGAAUGCUCCAACAGAUUGGGGAAAAGAAGUCAUGCUACGUGUAGAUGCAAAGCAAGGGGCUCCAAGGGAUGGAAAUUCGCGUAUUGAACUUUUCCAGGUAAAGAUUUUUCCCCUUAAGAUUUAUUUGACAGAGACAAUGUACAAAAUGAUGUGGGAAUAUUUCUUCCCUGAAGAAGAACAAGAUUCACAACGGCGGCAGGAAGUUUGGAAGGUUUCAACAACUGCUGGUGCAAAACGUGUUAAGAAAGGCCCAUCGAGCCACGAAGCUUCUUCUUCAUGCAGUCAUACAACAAAAGAGUCUGAUGUCCCAUCCAAAGUGAUUGGCAGUUCAGCCCCUGAGUUAAGGAGAACAUCUUCUUUUGAUAGAACAUGGGAGGAGACGGUUGCAGAGUCUGUUGCUACUGAACUUGUCUUGCAGGCCCACUCAUCUGGCAUAUCUUCCUCAAAAAGUGAGCCAUUUGAUUCUAUUGAGCAACCAGAUGAAUCAUCUAGAAGCAAGUCAAAAGAGUCCAAGCCUGUGAAGUCUGGUCGGUCAUCUCAUGAGGAGAAAAAGGUUGGAAAAACAAAUGAAGAGAAAAGAUCUCGACCUCGAAAAGUAAUGGAAUUUAACAACAUUAAGAUAAGCCAGGUUGAGCUGCAGCUUACUUAUGAAAGCUCAAGAUUUAAUCUGCAUGAACUUAAGCUGCUGAUGGAUACAUUUCACCGUGUCGAGUUUACUGGGACUUGGAGAAGACUGUUCUCCAGAGUUAAGAAGCAUGUUGUCUGGGGAACCUUGAAGUCUGUUACAGGAAUGCAGGGUAAAAAGUUCAAAGACAAAGCACACGGUCAACGGGAUCCUAAUGUAGCCAGCGUUCCUGAUAGCGACCUUAAUUUUAGUGACAAUGAUGAUGGUCUGGCAGUGCAAUCUGAUCAAUAUCCAAACUGGCUCAAGCGUCCAACUGAUGGAGCAGGUGAUGGGUUUGUGACUUCCAUAAGGGGUCUUUUCAAUACCCAGCGUCGCAAGGCCAAAGCAUUUGUACUGCGAACAAUGAGAGGUGAAGCAGAGAAUGACUUUCAUGGAGAGUGGAGUGAAAGUGAUGCUGAGUUCUCUCCCUUUGCUCGGCAACUUACCAUAACAAAAGCUAAGAGGCUUAUUAAGCGGCACACGAAGAAAUUCCGAUCGAGAGGACAGAAAGCAUCAUCAUCGCAACAAAGAGAAUCACUUCCAUCAUCUCCAAGGGAAUCCACUCCAUUUGAAAGUGAUUCAUAUAGCGAUUCUUCACCAUACGAGGAUUUUCAUGAGUAAUUAGUUUUCAAUCAGCAAAAAGAGAUUACGAAGGCUUUCUUUCUUCGCGGCAAAAAGGAUUUUCCAAGUUACCUGGUGAGGCAGUUCAAGGGACCAACAGCAUGCAAGAAUGGAGCAUGCUCAAUGGUGACAGGCUACAAACACGAGCACUUUCCAAUAGUCGUUGACGGACGGUCGACCUGUGCUGAUCCUUCCAAGCCCGCACCAAGAGCCCUUACUGCCCUCAUGGAUUGAUUCAAAAGGUUGUAUGUGUACAGUUUUUUGCAGCUACUAAGUAGAGUAUACAAACUCCCAAAGCAUUAUAAGAAGAGUGUUGUCAUCGAGGACAUGGUUAGUCUGCCAGGCCUUUAACCCAUUCGUUGGGUUUUAGGCCGAGACUCUGCAGUAUCUUUGGGCUUCGGAGACAAAACCAAUCGCCAUUAGGUAGAAACUAUUGUUACCAUUAAGAAGUGGACUCCUUGCUGUUGUUUCCGUUCCAAAAUCUAAUCUACUGGACUGAAAAUAAGAAAAGUAGUUAAGCUUAAAGGAGGCCAUGACAUGUUGUCUUGUAAAGUUGGGGUUCAUGGGAAUGGAAAUCCAAAUAUACAUAUAUUUUUUCAUGCC